AUGAGUAUUCAUUUUUUUUAUAUUUUACAUUUAUAUGCUUAUGCUCGUUUAAGACAAUAAUGUGAAAUUUUGUGAGAUUUUUUUAAUACAAAACUGUUCAACAAAAUUGAUGAGGGCACUUGAAGGAAGUUGUCAUUAUGCAAAGGCAGUGUGAUGCAUGACUGAAGGCAAAUGACCUAAACUUUUAACUUAAGAAAACUACAGUCGGACCUCGAUAAGUCGAACUCAAAGGGACCCGAAAAAAAAUUCGACUUACGGAGUUUUCGAGUUAGGGACAAUGGAAUAAUAGGCGCAGGUAUUUGGCCGGGAACUAACAAUUCGAUAUAGGGAGGUUUUCGACUUAAAGAAAGUUGACUUAUUGUGGUCCGAUUGUAAUAAGAUAUACAUGGGUGUAACGAACAAACUGAGCCUUCAGUAAGUUUGUAGAUUUUAAAAAUAUAUUACAAAUUAGAAACAAAAUCAUAUGUAAAACACUCUGUUCUAAGAAAACUUAUUCAAUACCAAAUUUUUAAGAAUUCAUUGAUCCUGUGCAUCAUAGUAGCCAAACUUAGCCUGAACUACUGUACCUUUCUUAUGAACAUUUUACCUUUAUUUUUUUUUGGUGAUGGUUGUGUAGUCUGCAUGAGUAUGACUUCUGCUUUGAAACUAAACACAAUUCUUUGUUGUGGAUGUGGAAUUAAAUAUAACUUAGUUACCAUUUUAUGCUGAACUUCUUCAUAAUAUUUUACUAAAUAAUUACAUUAACUAUUUAAUCAUUUCAAAAGUUCAUUUUGUUUAAAUUUACACAGGGUAGUAUAUGCUGUGGUUGCGAUAGCUGCUGCUGCUCUUUCAUGUUUUGACGAGGUCACCAGUCAUUUUGCCCAAAACCAUAUCACCCAACCUCCAAAUCUUCCUUGCUAUGACUAUAAUUAUCAUCCCAAGUAAGACCGCAUUGUCCCAACACUGAAUGAUCUCACGCCCAAAAUACAAAUUGAUCAUCAAUGGCAAAAAUAGUUAUUAAUAUAAAACAUUGCCAACAGAACCAUACAUUGUUCGAACACUUUACAUAUUUCCAACAGCCAUGUGAACAAGUUCAUGCAGCCACCAAUUUACUUAACAAAGUUGGCCACUUGACAAUACACAUCCAAAGAACAUUUCACAAUGGUGCAUAACAUCAUUUUUUUCUUUAGAUAAUUUUUUUAAUUAAUGUUUUUGUCAUUUAUUUUUUAGUUUGAAUGUUCAUAUUAAAUGUAUUAAUUUUUUUGCCAUCUGUUUCAAUCUAUUUCUUUGUCUCUUUAUAAUUGUUAUUUGAUACAUUUGGUCUGUCUGAAGAUGUGCUAAUUAUUUUGAAUUUGUAUUUUAAAUGUUUUGCACAUUGAGUGUACUCCUCAUCUGAGAAGUAUCCUGUAUUAUGUUAUUAUGUUUCCACUUUAUUAUUUUUAUAAUAAUAACCAGAGAUGUUUGGGUAUUUAUUUAGCUUGCUUCGCAUCUUAAUUACUACAGUAAGAUUAUCUUAUUCAUUUUGGCCUUUUCUUUAUGUUUUUUAUUAGUCAUCAUUACUGUUGUUCAUCCUUCAUAUGUUGUCAAGCGCUAAAAGCAGGCUCAUUAGCAGAGCCAGCGCGGGCCCCGGAGCAGAUGACCUUUCGAUCUGUGCCCUUUGUAAUUGUAAAUUAUUGUCCCAGUAUAUUAUCAUAAUAUGCUUACAAUUCGAUUGUCAACAUUCAGAAAAGUAAUAUAGACUGCAAAAAUUAGGACAAGGGCACUAAGAUCUACAUCACCACUCGAACAUAGAGAUGUUUACACGCGAAUCGUUAGUAAAUGAAAAAUGAUGUCGGGCCUGCUCUUUAGCAGCGUGAAUAUGCACUAUACAAAUCUUGCAUUAUUAGUGUAACAACACUGCAGUUGGGUGUUAACCUCUUUCUAAAUAUUUUGAUGUUUAGUAUUCAGAAAUAAAUUAAGAAUUCACAUUCUUGCCUCCUCAGUAUCUUUUUUUGAUGGGGGUUGCAGGUUUGUAUAAGCAGCAAUUAAUAGGUGUGUUACGGUCAGAGGCCGUACGUCUAUCCCAAAAUUGUUCUGUCGCCUCCUCGAUUUCAAACUUCCACGCCACAUUUAUGGUGUCAUAAUCAAACAGAUUACCUAAGAUUCGUCAAAUAUUUGAUACUUGGUUUCUCACCCUUACAAACAAAAGCUGACACAUGUCAAUACAGUCUAACGCCGCAAUGACUGAAAGGUUACAAAAGAGUGGCUUCCCCUGAAAUCUACUUCCUGUGCACGCGGUCUUGUAAACAAACUUCGGCAUGUCUCGUCUAAUUGUCAAAAAUCUCCCUAAAGAGAUGAAAGAACAGACCCUGAGAGAUCUGUUUUCCCAAAAAGGAACUGUGACAGACUGCUCUCUUAAAUACACCAAGUCGGGGAUGUUCCGCAAAUUUGCCUUCAUUGGCUACAGCAGUGAUGAAGAAGCUAAAGCUGCUCAAUCAUAUUUCAAUAACACAUUUAUAAACAUCUCAAGAAUUCAGGUUGAAUUUGCCACAGAUCUUUGUGAUGGCAGCAAACCACGAGCAUGGAGCAAAUAUUCUAAAGAUAGUUCGGCUUUUGAGAAGAAACAUGGAGCUAAAACAGAAUCAUCAAAUGAAAAAGAAAAACAGAAGACAGAAAUUAAAAAAAAGAAAAAAGAUGAGAGAAUUGAAGCUCUUCUAGGAGAUUUGAAAGAUGAUCCAGAGUUUCAAGAAUUUCUGCAUGUCCACCAAAACAUUGCAAAAAAACAAACUUGGACUGAUGGCUAUGCAGACAGUAAACAAAGGCAAGAAGAAGAUGGUCAUGUCAGGGAAGAUAAUAGUGAUGAUGAAAGUGAUGACAGUGACCAAAAGAAUCUCAAGGAAGAAGAUGGUACAGAUAAGGAUGAAAAGAUGGAACCAGAUAGCUGUACGGUUAAAGAAUCCACCCAGGAAAAGAACAAGAAAAUGUCAGAUCUUGAGUACAUGAAAUCCAAGAUGGCUGAACUAUCCGAUGAGAGUGGGGCAGAAGGUGAGAAAGAAGACACAACAAAAGUUAAAAAAAAACAAAAGGCAGAUAAGUUGCAGAAUGUGGAGAAGGAAGAGAAAUAUGUUUUGAAAGUGAAAAAUUUACCUGCAAGUGUCAAAGAGAAAACAAUCCGGGAAUUCUUUCAACCCUUGACAGGUCUGAAAGUACGAAUUCCAAGAAAUAAAAAUAAAAACUCUAUUGGGAUUGCAUUUGUGGAGUUUAGUCAGGAGAAAGAUUUGGAGUCAGCAAUGGGAAAGAACAGGAACUUUAUUGGUGGGAAGAAAAUAUUCCUUAAAAGAACUACAGAAGAUGUUCCUGAUGAUGAUACUAAAGAACGUCCACCUCGACCUUGGGAGCUUAAGAAAGAAGAUGCUGGAGAGAUGGAAAGUAUUGCUGAGUCUGGGAAACUUUUCGUGCGCAACCUUGCCUAUGUGUGUACGCAGGAAGCUUUAGAAAAGCUGUUUAGUAAAUACGGACCAAUAACAGAAGUAGAUUUGCCAAUUGACUCAUUAACAAAGAAAAUCAAAGGAUUUGCCCAUGUCACCUACAUGCUUCCUGAGCAUGCAGUCAAAGCAUUUGCUGAGCUAGAUGGGACAGCUUUCAUGGGCAGGAUGCUUCAUAUUUUGCCUGGAAUCUCAGCACAAGAACGCUAUCAAUCUUCAGAACAGUCCUCCUACAAAAAGAAAAAAGACCAAGAGAUUAAAGCAAUGGCUAAGAGUUCUCACAACUGGAACACAUUAUUUUUGGGAGCAGAUGCUGUAGCAAGUGCUAUGGCCAAAAAGUAUGACAAAGAAAAAAGGGAAAUCCUUGAUGACACUACUGGGAAAGGCGAGCUGGCACUAAGUGUACGCAUGGCGCUGGGAGAAUCACAGCUGGUGGUAGAGACAAGAAACUUCUUGAUUGACAAUGGUGUUGUUUUAGACAGCUUUAGUCAGGCUGCAGGGGAGAGAAGCAAAACAGUUAUUCUGGCUAAAAAUUUACCUGCUGGCACCAAGGCUGAAGAGCUUACAGAGAUCUUUAGUAAAUUUGGUUCACUUGGUCGUGUUAUUCUACCACCAUCUGGUAUCACAGCAAUUAUUGAGUACAUUGAACCAUACGAAGCCAAACAGGGCUUCACAAAGCUGGCCUACACCAAGUUUCACCAUUUGCCACUGUAUCUGGAGUGGGCACCCACGAAUAUUUUUGCAAAGAAUUUGGAAAAGUCUUCAGCUGAUCAGGGUGAUGAGGUGGACACGAAGGAGGAGACACUAGAGGAGAAGAAGGCAGAUGUAGGAAAGAGCAAACCAGUGGACUCAGGGGUGGAUUCAGGAGAAGAUGAGGAGGAAGAAGCAGAACCUGGGGCAAACUUGUUUGUGAAAAACCUCAAUUUUAACACAGAAGAAUCUUCUGUAAAAGAGUUGUUCAGCCAGUGUGGAGAUAUUCUGCGAGUCACAAUUGCCAAGAAAAAGGAUAUGAAAAAUCCAGGUAAACUGCUGUCAAUGGGGUAUGGUUUUGUGGAGUUUAAGCAGAAGGCUUGUGCUGAAGAGGCCCUCAAAGUUCUGCAGCAUUGUCAGCUAGAUGGGCAUCAGCUGGAAUUGAAACUGUCCAACAGGGAGGCUUUGCAUCCUAAAGUUCCAGGGAGGAAGAACGCCAAGGAAAAGAAACAGACCAGUUCCAAAAUUUUGGUGCGGAAUAUACCUUUCCAGGCCAAACGUAAGGAAGUGGAAGAUCUGUUCAAGGUCUUUGGAGAACUCAAGUAUGUGCGACUUCCCAAGAAACUGAGUGGUACAGGUUCCCAUCGAGGUUUUGCCUUUGUUGACUUUCUCACUAAACAGGAUGCUAAGCGUGCAUUUGAUACCCUGUGCCAUUCAACACAUCUUUACGGGAGAAGGCUUGUGCUUGAAUGGGCAGAAACAGCUGAAACUGUGGAAGACCUGCGCCGUAAAACAUCACUUCAUUUCCAUGGAGGGGGUCCAUCUAAGAAGCUGAAGAAGUCAGCUUUGCUGGAUUCACUGGAAUGAACACUCAGGAGGUCACUAAAGGCAAGCUGCUAAUAUUUGGAGUCUUUGAAGACCAAAGAGACCGGAAAGGAUUUCUUAUUGUCACUGUCAGCUUAUUUGGAGUCGUCAGUGUAAGUGAAUCGCCUUCUACUGCAAUCCUUGUUUAUCUGUGAAUGACUCUAGGAUGGAUCAUGUACACAGUUCUGUGUGCUUUUAAAAAAUGAAGACGGACGAAAGAGAUAAAUCUUUCAAGGAAUUUUAAACUGCAGAAAGUGAUGAAGGAAUUGUGGAUUGCACUUGUAAAACAGAAGGCACAUUAGUGUGGAACUCCACUUUUCAUUAAGGACUGAAAUGGACUGGUUUGAAAUUUCAGCACUGAAUAAUGGACAUAAUAAUCCUUGGACAAAUGUACAAAUUACAGAUCAUUUUCUGGUUGCUAGGACAGUGUGAAAGUUGUCUGAAUGAUUGGUGAUGUCAUUAUAUUUCUAAAAUCUUGGCAUUUGAAAAACCAAAAUAACAAUUAUAGGAGUUAAAAGUGAACACUUGUCACAUCUGAGAGAAUAAACUUCUUGUUCUGAACA